UGCGAGGGGACCGGGGCGGAGGUGUCUGACACUGCCUGGCUGCCCCGGCUAACCAAAAUGGCGAACAUCACACCAGUCAAUGGCAGCUCGGGCAACCAGUCUGUGCGCUUGGUCACGUCCACGCAUAACCGCUACGAGACCGUGGAAAUGGUAUUCAUCGCCACGGUGACGGGCUCGUUGAGCCUGGUGACUGUCGUGGGCAACAUCUUGGUGAUGCUGUCUAUCAAGGUCAACAGGCAGCUGCAGACAGUCAACAACUACUUCCUCUUCAGCCUGGCGUGCGCCGACCUCAUCAUCGGCGCUUUCUCCAUGAACCUCUACACCGUGUACAUCAUCAAGGGCUACUGGCCUCUGGGCGCCGUGGUCUGUGACCUGUGGCUGGCCCUGGACUAUGUGGUGAGCAACGCUUCGGUCAUGAACCUCCUCAUCAUCAGCUUUGACCGCUACUUCUGCGUCACCAAGCCCCUCACCUACCCAGCCCGGCGCACCACCAAGAUGGCGGGCCUCAUGAUCGCCGCCGCCUGGGUCUUGUCCUUCGUGCUCUGGGCACCCGCUAUCUUGUUCUGGCAGUUCGUGGUGGGCAAGAGGACGGUGCCAGACAACCAAUGCUUCAUCCAGUUCCUGUCCAACCCGGCGGUGACUUUCGGCACUGCCAUUGCGGCCUUCUACCUGCCUGUGGUCAUCAUGACGGUGCUCUACAUCCACAUCUCCCUGGCCAGUCGCAGCCGAGUCCACAAGCACCGGCCCGAAGGCCCCAAGGAGAAGAAGGCCAAGACCCUGGCCUUCCUCAAGAGCCCCUUGAUGAAGCAGAGCCUCCAGAAGGCCCCGCCAGGGGACGCGGGCCCUGAGGAGCUGCGCAACGGGAAGCUGGAGGAGGCCCCUCCCCCGGCCCUGCCGCCCCCGCCGCGCCCCAUGGCCGACAAAGACACUUCCAAUGAGUCCAGCUCAGGCAGCGCCACACACAACACCAAGGAACGGCCCCCCACGGAGCUGUCCACCGCGGAGGCCACCACGCCAGCCGUGCCCGCCCCUCCCCUCCAGCCGCGGGCCCUCAACCCCGCCUCCAAAUGGUCCAAGAUCCAGAUUGUGACGAAGCAGACUGGCAAUGAGUGUGUGACAGCCAUCGAGAUCGUCCCGGCCACGCCCGCGGGCAUGCGUCCGGCGGCCAACGUGGCCCGCAAGUUCGCCAGCAUUGCCCGCAACCAGGUGCGCAAGAAGCGCCAGAUGGCGGCCCGGGAGCGCAAGGUGACUCGGACCAUCUUCGCCAUCCUGCUGGCCUUCAUCCUCACCUGGACACCGUACAAUGUCAUGGUCCUGGUGAACACCUUCUGCCACAGCUGCAUCCCCGAAACGGUGUGGUCCAUCGGCUACUGGCUCUGCUACGUCAACAGCACCAUCAACCCCGCCUGCUACGCCCUCUGCAACGCCACCUUUAAAAAGACCUUCCGGCACCUGCUGCUGUGCCAGUAUAGGAACAUCGGCACAGCCAGGUAGGCGGGCAGAGGCGCCACAGGAGGUGCUGGUGGUCGCGUGUGUGCGCUGAGCCGCGGGGGUGGUCACGGGGGUGGUCCCUCCCGUGGCGGUCGCAGAGAGGUCUGGAAAUCUGGAAGCAUCUCUCCGCCUUCCUGUUCACUGAAGAGAACUGAGGUCCCCGAGAGCCCUGUGAGGCUCAGGAAGCAGCUGUGGUGGGAUGCGGACAGACCAGAUCUCCACUCCGCACAGGCAGGAGGAGGCUCAGCCCCAGAAGCGUCUGGAGCAAGACUGCCCCGCCCCCCUCUCUGUUGGCCCGCCUCAGGUUGCUGGGAGUCACUGGGCUUCUGGGGCACCUGGCUCACUGUGACCAACCGGCACGUCUGGGAGAAUGGACAUCUGGCGGGGGCGGGGAGUAGAAGCCCGGAUCCCCAUGGGAGGAGCAGGGGAGCCGAUGCUGGGGAAAGGAGGCUUGGGAAGGGAGUGGAGGGGUAGGGUCCCUCCAUUCUGCUGUAGUUGGUGCUUUCUCCCUGCUGCACCCUGCAUGUAGGCCCAGCCCCUCCUCCCAGGUCCCAUUCCAGGGGCAGAGCUCUCUCCUCGCUGCAGCUACUCAGCCAGGUGCUGGUUGGGUGGGUGGGUGGAGGCCAGGCCCUUCUGGGCUCUCAGGCACCCCCCUUCCCCUCUCAAUCCCUCCCCCACCCCAGCACUGUCCUGGUCAUGGUCAGGAUGGGGCAGCUAGGAGGUCAGCAUCUUACGCUCAGGAGUGGAGGUCUGGCUUCCUGCGGUCCCGUGCUGAGCAGAGGCCCCCCUGAUUCUGAAGAGCACCCCCCAGCAGGUUUCUGCAGCAUGUGAGGGAGGUCUGGGUUGCCGGGGAGAAUGGGGGCCAACUUGACCCACACAGGGUUCAGGCAAGCAGCUCCCAUCUCCUCUCUCCCAAUGGAUAGAACCUUCUAUUGGUAGUGGGCUGUACCAAAAGACCUUUGGUUGAGAGUGGCUGAGAUGAGGAGUGUCCGUUCUAGGGAGCCUUCUGGCUUCCCAGCUCUGGUGUGCCCCCCCCCCCGCCCCCGGAAAGACCAGACUGAAAGGCUCAGGGGACUGGAUGGGGCACCCUUUCAGGAGUCAGUCAGGGCCCUGAAAGCAAUUUUUCAUAACCUUUCUGCUUUUUCCAUGAGCUCUGGGGAGCACUCACCGCCAAGCCCCCCAGCCCCCUGAAAGCCACAUCCCUACCGCCUUCCCUUUCCUUCCCAAGUUUCUGCCCCAACAAAUUACCACAGCAAACUCCCUGGGUUGGGGCUUUUAUAUAUUAAAUGAAAAGCUUUUAUUGGGAAAAACAAAACAAAUCAAAACAAAAACACGACUGUUUAUUUAUUUCUCAGUAAUGGCAUCUUUGUGGGGAAGAACAAAAGGGGGUACCGGGAAUCACAUCCCUCUGGGGCA